ACGACUUUGUCGAUUGAAGAUACCAAUCCGAGCUUAAACAUGAUGUUCGAAGUGGGACUCGUCUUUACAUUCACUCUUGCGAGUUGCAUGGCGGAGGCGGGAUAUCCGAGUCUGCGUCCAGAUGAGCAACUGCCUUACGAUCAAGGAUACAGCUAUCAGAAUCCGCACGAUCAAUUGAGCGGCGAUGAGAUACCUGGCGUGGCCGGCAGAGAUUAUCCGAUCUUCCGUGAAGUUCCGCAAACGCGUUUCGAGUGCGAACAACAGCAAUAUCCGGGCUAUUACGCCGACCCUGAGGCCGAGUGUCAGGCGUUUCAUAUCUGUCAACGUGGCGGUCAUAAGGACUCCUUCCUUUGUCCGAACGGCACGUUAUUCAAUCAGGCACGACUGGUCUGCGAGUGGUGGCACACCGUGGAUUGCUCUCGCGCGCAAAGUUUCUACUCCAUUAACGAGGCGGUUGCAAAAGCAAUGGAGGAAGCUGAUAGGCGCAUCCAACUGGCUGCUGAGGAGAAGCUCUCCCGAGGCUACCUGCGUGAAUCUAACGCUGGACAUUGGAACAAUCAUAACCAACAGAACGCAAAACAAGGAUGGAACGGCACCCCAGCUCGGCAUAAUGUGAUGUCUGAUUUCGCCAAGAAUCUUCCCUACGAGGCACCUGCGACGUCGAUUCGUCCUGUUUACGGCGCACCUGAAGUCUCCGCUAAAUCUAACGUUGAUAACGGACAGUGGAACAGGUACAAUCAACAGAACGCAAAACAAGGGUGGAACGACACCCCGGCUCGACAUAAUGCAGUGUCUACUUUCGCCAAGAACCUUCCCUACCAAGCACCUGCGACGUCGAUUCGUCCUGUUUACGGCGCACCUGAAGUUUCCGCUAAAUCUAACGUUGAUAACGGACCUUGGAACAGGUACAAUCAGCAGAACGCAAAACAAGGAUGGAACGACACCCCGGCUCGACAUAACGUUGUGUCUGAUUUCGCCAAGAAUCUUCCUUAUGAGGCAGCCGCAAUUCGUCCUGUUUACGGCGCACCUGAAGUUUCCGCUAACUCUAACGUUGAUAACGGACCUUGGAACAGGUACAAUCAGCAGAACGCAAAACAAGGAUGGAACGACACCCCGGCUCGACAUAACGUUGUGUCUGAUUUCGCCAAGAAUCUUCCUUAUGAGGCAGCCGCAAUUCGUCCUGUUUACGGCGCACCUGAAGUUUCCGCUAACUCUAACGUUGAUAACGGACCUUGGAACAGGUACAAUCAGCAGAACGCAAAACAAGGAUGGAACGACACCCCGGCUCGACAUAACGUUGUGUCUGAUUUCGCCAAGAAUCUUCCUUAUGAGGCAGCCGCAAUUCGUCCUGUUUACGGCGCACCUGAAGUUUCCGCUAACUCUAACGUUGAUAACGGACCUUGGAACAGGUACAAUCAGCAGAACGCAAAACAAGGGUGGAACGACACCCCGACUCAACAUAAUGUAGUGUCUGAUUUCGCCAAGAACCUUCCUUACGAGGCACCCACGAAGUCGGCUCCUGUUUACGGCGCACCUGAAGUUUCCGCUAACUCUUUGCCGCAUGCGAACAACCAUGGCGAUUCUUAUUCACAGGAAGAAAAUUAUAUGAUCACCGACGCCAAAUUUGGCAAACCAACAACCAAGAGCAACUUUGCGGAACCGACAAACGUUUAUCUACCUGCGUAAUUCCUAUACGGCCGAGCAAUUUUCAGCAUGCUAUAUAUAAUGUCAUAAAUAUUCAAAAGGUAUUGUGAUUAUACAUUAAAUUGUAAUAAUAAAUUCACUUUAUGAAAGACAAUCGUGCACAGUGUACGUUGAGUGAAAACAUUCUCACACUUAAACGGAUUCUUAUGACGCCUACGGAAAGUAACAGUCUAAUAUAAGCGCGGUGGAGUUGCGUAACCACAUAAAACUUCAGCAGAAUCCUAAGGAUUCUGCCGCUCCAAUUAACAGUUGUAGAACCGUGCUUAUUCGAACUGUGUUUUUUAAUCUUUCUCGUUUUACAUAAUGUAUCCAGUCAAACAAGUAAACAUGCUUGAGGAUAAAAACUGUUGAAACGUCAGUCUUUCACUUUAAAUCGUUUAAAAUUUGUCACAAAUUCUUCCUUUUAACUAAGCUAUUGCUGCAAAAAGGAAUAUUAAUUCGAUGGAACUAUUUUUCUCAUUGUUCUGCCAGAAUCGCUUGCUGGAACAGAUAUAUCGGUAUCCGUACCAAUUAUCAUGAUCGUACUUGUCGAGAGAGGCUUAUUAUCUAAAGUCAUAAUUACCUAUUGAUUGCAUUCCGUAAUAACUGAGUGGAAUCGAUAAUUGGAGUAUACGAUAAUUGAUAAAAUAAUAUUAAUAUUUAUGAGAAUCAACUACACAGGAUAAAAUUUAAUAAGCAUAAUUAACCCUAAUCUGACAUACUGUGAUCAUUUCCGAUCCCGCGCGAUUUCUCCACCUGAUUUUUAACUUUAAAUUACCUGCAAACUAGUGGAAUAAGAAUUUUUAAUUCACGCGCUAAAAAUAGUUAUAAUUGCUGAAAAUAUAAGUUUAAAUAUAACUGAAUCAUUUUAAUAACCUGUCAUAUAACAAAAUGGCAA